ACAUGGGAUGAAGUUUCCUCUAUAAAUGGGAUUAGAUACCGAUUUCAAACGGAUGAAAUUGUUGCCCACCCCUAGUCCAGCCCGUUGUCGAACAGUGAGUGUUUACUUGGGUUUAAAAUUGUUGGGCCUUGAUUUCUAUGAGGCCCUGAAAACUCGGGGAUUAAAAUCAAUGGAUUGGACGGGUCCAUUCUCAGCUCGCUACGGAAAAUGGCGGUUCCGUACACCGGUUCUCUGCUCCCUCAUCCUCCUCCACUAGCCUUCUCUCCCGCCAAAUCUCCACCCUCCCGCAGCCCUCCUAUCCAAAUAUGGCGCUUCCUUUCUCAAUCCACCUUUGGCGCCCGUCCUUCUUCAAUAGUACCUUGCUCCAGAAACCUCGUCGGAGCCACCACUCCGCUCCAGAAGUACGUUUACCCUGACCCAGAUCCCGAUUUCGCCAAAAGAGAGACCCAGAAGUUCCGGAGCGAGCUGAUGAAGAAGCUGGUGAAGGAGAAGCAAACAUUCGGUGACGAGGUUGAACAAGUCGUGGAUGUUUGCGCCGAGAUAUUCAGUGAGUUCUUGCACAAGGAGUAUGGAGGGCCUGGGACAUUAUUGGUGGAGCCAUUUACAGAUAUGUUAGUAGCUCUCAAGGACAAGAAAUUGGCAGGAGCGGGAGCGGCCAUGGCAGCAAGAGCUGCUCUUCUGUGGGCUCAAAAUCAUGUGGAUCAGGAUUGGCAAGUUUGGAACUCAUCAAACCCACCUCCCCAUCGUCAUUAACGCGCACAUUGAUUAACCUUCCAUCUGUCUUCUCUUCUUUAUUUUCGAUUCCCUCUCUUGGGUGAAUCUGUGUCAUCGAUGGUACUACCAUUCCUACUCCACACGUAACAGGCAGGGUAAAAAUAUAUAUGUACUUUGCAAAAGAACACGGGUAAGUAAGUACUGUGUCAGAAUCCAUUCCUUUUUCUUUUCUCUACUUUUUCUUCUUCUUUUCUUUUUGCUUUCUCUCGUGGCUGGCUGUACAGGAAGAAAGGAGGGGGAAAGGUAGCUCUUUCCGUCAAGUAACAGGAAAUCCAUCUAUAUUGUUUAGGGAGGAAGGGGGGAGAGAUUCCCUUUUCUCCUUAUAAACAUUCCUUUAUAACAUCUUUUUCUCUAUUCCGGAUUGACUAGUUUUUUUUACCAGUCUCUUCCCAUCAUUAUGGAGCCAUCUGCCAUGGGGGGGAAUUUCUGGAUACAAGAGGGGAGAUGAGUUCAGCUUGCAGCCUCUGAGAUGCUGUGUAAUGUUGGCCGCCAUGACUUGGAUCUCAGUGCAGAUGGGUUAACUGGCGCUGCCCUUCGCCGAUGACUUCCUUGUUUGCUUGCCUGGAACUGGAACUGGAGGGGAAAAGAGAAAAAGAAAACAAUGAUUACAGGGAUUGAUAAAACAGGGGAAAUCAAAAUCCUUGUCGUCAUCACUGUGAGAGGGCGAACAAGUCUGGAGGAGUAUGAUGAUACCUGGAAGUGGAAGUCCUUGUCCGAGUUAGAUUUCCUGCUAUCUGAACUCUGCUUAUCUGACAAAAUAGCCUCUGGUUUCUCACAAGGCUCAGCCUCCUGUUUCUUCAUUUUGGCAGACUUCUUGGCCCGAAGAACCUUCACUACCUCUGGGGGAAGGGAAAAUAAAACCAACCCAACCCAGAAACCGGAAGAUGAGAACCGUGGAAACCCAGAAAAGAAAGUAGAAAGCUUGGUUUGUGAUUGUGAAUUUACCUUGAGUGGUGACGAGGCGGUAGGCAUGGCCAAGAGCCAGAGUAUCAGUUGGCCGGAGAAGCUUGACUCUGGUGAACUGAACCGCCGCCGUGGCCGCAGAAACCACCUUGUGGUCGUCGCCGGGAGCGGUAGGAGGCCUGGGGAGUGGGAUUAUGAGAGAGACGUAAUGGCCUGGGUUGAGCCUCAUGAUUUCACUGGCGGUGACGGGCCAGUACAUCCUCUCUAUCUUGCCGCAGGGAUGCUGUAUCACCAGCGCUGCCGCAUCGAUCGCCUGGCAAUUCCCCAUCUCUGUCGCUACUUUCUCUCUUGCUUUCUGGUGUGGGGAGGGGAAAGUGAAGGAAGGGGAGAAGGGAUAAAGAGAGAGGGAGGGAGGAGAAAGUCUCUUUCUGGACAGCUCUGCGAUUUGCUAGUAUUACGGAGCCAAGCCAGAAGAAGAAGACUGAGAAUAAAUAUAUAUAUAUGAAGAUGAUGAAUUGAUGAUAGAAGUGGGAAAAUUAAAGAGAAAGGGUAAUUUGGAAGGGAAGGGAAGGGUAGGGGUUUUAAAAAUAAUAUAUUUUUUAUAUAUCUUGUUUGUAUAAUAUGGGGGCCGCGGCCGGGUGCUCUGCCUCCCUCGGCCAGCCACUCUCUCGUUUGACGUUUCCCAACUAAACUCGUCUAAUUUUUAUUUUCCCCCGAUGAAUUAAUUAAACUGAUCUAUUUCUAUUCAAUUGAAUUCCCUCUCUUCUCUUUUUA